AUGGCUUUAGAACUGGGAUACACUGCCGAUUACCACGUCCAUUUGCGGCAGGACAAGAUGAUGAAGCUCGUCACGCCGACCGUCAAGCAGGGAGGAGUCUCGAUCGCGUACAUCAUGCCAAAUCUGGUGCCUCCUAUCACCUCUUUGGACCAGGUCGUCAAGUAUAAGCAGGAGUUGGAGCAGGAGUGCGACUCCACCACUUUUUUGAUGACAUUCUAUCUCAGCCAGGAGCUGACACCUGAGCUGGUGGAGGAGGCCGCAUUGAAGAAGGCCAUCAGAGGAAUCAAGUGCUACCCUGCGGGAGUCACCACGAACUCGAACGCUGGAGUCGAUCCGAACGACUUUUCGCAAUUCUACCCGAUCUUCGAGGUGAUGCAGAAACACGGCCUGGUUUUGAAUCUCCAUGGCGAGAAACCGUCCACCUCCAACGGCGACGGCAAAGAUAUCCAUGUUCUCAACGCCGAACCAGAGUUUCUGCCGGCGCUGUUCAAGUUGCACGCAGACUUCCCAAAGCUCAAGAUCGUCCUUGAACACUGCACUACCAAGGCCGCUGUUGACGCAAUCCACGAGAUAAACAAAGACCUCAAACAGGGCGAGCAGCCGAACGUUGUGGCAUCCAUCACGGCCCACCACCUGUAUCUGAUCGUGGACGACUGGGCAGGCAACCCAAUCAACUUCUGCAAACCGGUUGCCAAACUGCCGGACGACAAAAGAGCACUCAUCGCGGCAGCCACCUCCGGAAAACCGUACUUCAUCUUUGGCUCCGACUCUGCUCCCCACGACGUCCGCAAGAAAGCAGUGCACACGGGUGUCUGCGCAGGUGUUUACACCCAGCCGUUCGCUAUCGCCUAUUUGGCAGAGGUGUUUGAGAGUCAAGGAAAACUGGACAAAUUGAAAGACUUUGUUUCGACCUUUGGUAACGCGUUCUAUACCAUGGACGAGUCCAAGCUGCGCUCCAAGCAGAAAUGCUGGCUCGUGCCGAAAGAGUCGGUCGUGGCACAAACAGUGUCAACACAGGACCUGUCGGUGGUUCCAUUCCGUCCUGGAGCCAAGCUCAAGUAUUCCGUCGAAUGGAGAUAA